AUGUCUUCACAUCCGUUCCAUCUUCAUGGGGAGUGCUGGAAGUACCGCGUCGACCCCGUUAUGCGCGAUACAGUGACCACUGGCAACACCGGUGACAGUGUAGCUAUCCGGUUCAUCACCGACAACCCUGGACCUUGGCUGUUGCAUUGCCAUAUCGAUUGGCAUCUAUCUGCCGGACUGGCUAUUGUAUUCGCAGAGGCUCCUGAAGAUGUUGCGACUUCGCAGCCUUUCAACAAUGCUUCGAGGCAGCUCUGUCCGAUAUACAAUAGCAUUCCUCAGCAGAAUUUCCCUCUCCAGGCUCUCCCUCCCGCGUUGAUUGAUAUUUCUGGUUGA